AAAACGAGUUGCAGUCGAACCUCAAUUGUCCGGACGUGGGGGGAAUGAGUUUUCCGGAUAAUGAAGAGCCCGAAUAAGUAAAAUUUUGAAUAUCAAUGAGGCAAAAAAACACCGUCACUCACUCAUCAGCUGAUUGCAAAUUUUCCAAACGGCAACAAACAAAUUAACACCUACAACGGUUAAAAAUGUCUCAAGCUAUAAGGAAUCCAGAAAUCAAGUUCACAAAGUUGCUGCAUACACUGUUAUGAUUCUGGCAUGUGUAGUGGGCACAUGUGCUAUAAAAGAAAGAUUCAAGUAUACACCUGGCAUGCUCUCCAGAUCAUGUCAACACAAGAAAUACACUUGAGUCCCAAAAUUCUAAGAAUAAACUUGGAAAAAUGAUAUAAGAUUGACUUUUAACUAUUGUUGAACGUGGUUGAAUAUCGUUCAAGCAAUCCAGCUUUUUAUCAAUAAUGAAUAUGUGGACUCAGUCAACAAGAAAACAUUUCCCACCAUCAAUCCAGUGACUGAGGAAAAGAUAUGUGAGGUUGCAGAGGGUGAAAAGGCAGAUGUAGACAAAGCAGUCAAUGCAGCUAUGGCAGCUUUUAAACUGGGCAGCCCUUGGAGGACUAUGGAUGCUUCCCAGCGAGGAAAAUUGCUGUACAAGGUUGCUGAUCUUAUUGAAAGAGAUCUGGACUAUCUGGCUUCCCUGGAAACAUUAGACAGUGGAAAAUUAUUCACUGACUCAGUAGAUGACAUGGAUCUAACAGUGAAGUGCUUCAGAUACUAUGCUGGAUGGGCUGAUAAGAUAACAGGAAAGACUAUAUCUUCUGAUGGUCCUUACUUUGUGUACACUAGACAUGAACCUGUGGGUGUGGUUGGAGCUAUUGUACCAUGGAACUUUCCUCUUAACAUGGCUUGCUUGAAGCUUGCCCCUGCUCUGGCUUGUGGUAAUGUUGUUGUACUUAAACCAGCAGAGCAAACUCCAUUAACAGCACUCUAUGUGGGAUCGUUGUUUGAAGAGGCUGGUUUUCCUCCUGGUGUGGUGAAUAUCAUCUCUGGUUAUGGUCCAACAGCAGGAGCAGCAAUAUCUGAGCACAUGGAUGUCAGUAAAGUUUCAUUCACAGGAUCAACUGAGGUGGGAAGGAUCAUACAAGCUGCAGCGGCAAAGUCCAACUUAAAGCGUGUAACACUGGAACUGGGAGGAAAGAGCCCAAAUAUAGUUUUUGCUGAUAGUGAUAUGGAUUAUGCAGUGGAACAGGCACAUUUGGCAUUGUUCUUCAACCAAGGACAGUGCUGCAGUGCUGGCAGCCGCACUUUUGUACAAGAUACCAUGUAUGAUGAGUUUGUGAAAAAGAGUGUGGAAAGAGCUCAAAAACGUUCAGUUGGGGAUCCAUUUGAUCGUGUCAUCGAGCAAGGACCACAGGUUAACGAAGAACAGUUCAAUAAAAUUCUUGAUCUGAUUGAGAGUGGAAAAAAGGAAGGAGCAAAGCUUGAGUGUGGUGGAGCUCGAUAUGGGGACAAAGGAUAUUUUUUACAACCCACAGUCUUCUCAGAUGUAAAAGAUCAUAUGAGGAUUGCUAAAGAGGAGAUAUUUGGUCCUGUACAACAGAUAAUCAAAUUCAGUAAUAUAAAUGAAGUUAUUGAGAGGGCAAAUAAAACAACAUAUGGCCUGGCUGCAGCAGUAUUUACCAAAGAUAUAGAUAAGGCAACAACAAUUUCUCACAGUUUACAAGCUGGAACAGUUUGGGUCAACUGUUAUGAAUGUGGGGCCCCACAAGCCCCUUUUGGAGGCUUUAAAAUGUCUGGAUUUGGCAGAGAAUGGGGUGAAUAUGGCCUCCUACCCUACCUGGAAGUAAAAACGGUUACUAUGAAAGUAACAUCAAAGAAUUCCUAGCUUCCGUCAGACGGACUCAACAGAUGAAAAUUAGAAAAAAUUUAUGACCGUAUAUAAAAGUAAAGAGAGAAUUGAGGUCAAUCACCCGACAAAGGGAUCACUUAAUAUGCUUUGGAAGAAUUUUAAAUUAUUUUGUACUUGCCAGAAUCAGUGUGAUAGAAUUAUGAAUUGAUAAUUAUGAUAAGGUUCUCUUUUCCCUCUGUUUUGUGUUAUUCUGAUGUUGUUUUUGAUGUUUUUUUUUUUUCUCACAUUUGUUGUUAAAGGCCAAAUUUGACGCUG